UCGGAACGCUCUUUAGCCAUCCGAUGGAUUCUAAACUUAAAGAACAAAGCCCCCUCAAAAUCCACCUAGUCACCUCCACCGAGUCUACCGAGUUCACUCACCUGACUCGGGCACUGAGUCUUUCGACGGUCAUAGGGCUCGACGCCGAGUGGAAACCCAUCCGCACCAACCAAUGCUCCUCUUUCCCCACGGUCACCCUCCUCCAAAUCGCAUGUCAGCUACGUUCACGACUCGAGUCGGACCUGGUCGAUUGCGACGAGGUCGCCGAGCCAGUGGUUUUCUUGCUCGACCUGGUCGCUAUCUCUCCAUCUUCUGUAUAUGAAUUGCUGAGGGACGUUUUUGUUUCACCGGAUAUAUUGAAAUUGGGGUUUCGAUUCAAGCAGGACUUGGUGUAUUUGUCCUCCACUUUCUGCUCUCAUGGAUGUGAUCCUGGGUUCGACAGGGUGGAGCCCUAUUUGGACAUCUCGAACGUAUAUUACUUUCUACAACAUAAGCAACCGGGAAGGAAGAUACAGAAGGAAGUUAAGAGUUUGGCUACAAUCUGCAGAGAGGUUCUGGACAUUUCUCUAUCAAAAGAGCUUCAAUGCAGUGAUUGGUCGCAUCGUCCUCUUACGGAAGAGCAGAAAACGUAUGCUGCUACAGAUGCCUACUGCUUGCUCGAGAUAUUUGGCGUCUUCCAGGCAAAGGUUGCAAGAGAAGGGAAUCAUUUCAAAGAUAUUAAUGGAUUACAUACCUCUAACCUUGGAUUGAAAGACAUUCUUGUGGAGCCUGAUGUUGCUAGUGGACUUGUUAGUCUUAGAAUGAUUAAAGCUCAGGAUAUUUUCCAGGCCACUGUUUCUUCUGAAUAUUCUCAAAGAAUAGCUAUUGGAGAGAGAUUUUUGAGGACAUCUUGCAUCAAUACAAUGCCCAUGAAUGAAUCCCUCUUGACGAUUGUGAGAAAAUAUGGUGAAAUUUUUUUUUUUAGAGAAUCUGAUAGAAAACCAAGAACUUCCAAAAGGAGGGGAAAGAAAAGGUCUUCCAUUGCUGCAAGUUGCAGAGAAAAGCAGUUAGACAUUGCAGGUGACUGGCAAGGCCCUCCACCAUGGGAGUUGUCCUUAGGGGAUGAUGGAAAUCCUAUGUUUCUUUGUGAUGUGAUGGUUGAAGGCUUGGCAAAACAUCUAAGGUGCGUGGGAAUAGAUGCUGCAAUUCCACCGUCAAAAAAGCCAGAUUCAAGGGAGUUAAUAGAUCAAGCAUACAGAGAGAAUAGAGUGCUCUUGACCCGAGAUGCCAAGCUAUUGAAGCACCAGUAUGUGAUAAAGAAUCAAAUAUAUAGGGUGAAAAGUCUUCUGAAGAAUGAACAACUAAAUGAGGUCAUUGAAACUUUCCACUUGAAAAUUAGCGAGGAUCAGCUGAUGUCGAGGUGCACCAAAUGCAAUGGGAGGUUUAUUCAAAAGCCUCUUACAACUGAAGAGGCUGUUGAAGCUGCAAAGGGUUUCCAAAAAAUUCCCAACUGUUUGUUCAAUAAGAACCUUGAGUUUUGGCAGUGCAUGGACUGCAACCAACUAUAUUGGGAGGGAACCCAGUACCACAAUGCAGUUCAGAAAUUCAUAGAUGUCUGCAAGUUGAACGAAUGACUUGAGGAUUAGCAAUAUAGCGUUUCAUUCUGAGUAAUGUCUCCUUUGACUUGAAUUGGAAUGAAAGGCACCAACUCCGUUCUCAAUUUAAUGAAGUUAUCAGCAGAGUACUUUUACACUAUGAGUGCCCAUGAUGAAAAUGCAGACAUUGGAAUAAAAGUGGUACUAGGUUUUAAAGAGCACAGAAGAAGAGUUGGGAGACGGAACUUGAUGCUUGGCUCAAAAUGUAAGCUUUUAUUGAAGCUAAAUGUUAGUUAAAUUUAUAUAUAUAUAUAUAUAUAUAUGCAAAUUUAUUGUAUGUUCCUAAAUUUAUCAUCAAUAUACAAAAAACAUUGGCUGCUUU